CCCAUAUAAUAUUAUAUAUAAAACUGAAAUCUUCUUCAUCCCCGUCUGUCGAUCAAGAGAACGGGAGAUUUCAAGUGAAACUCUGCUCAGUACUCGUUUGUUGAUCAAGAAAACAAGACAUUCGCAGUCAUCAAUGGCUUCGCUGUGCAGACUUACCUACGCCCUUCGUAGGCUUCAUUGUACAUUUCCCCCUGCUUGCUUUUCAAUCCUCAACACAUCUUCAUCCUUCCCAGCUCAAAAUUCAGCAACUCCCACUUUAUCGCCGCCAUUACAGAGCUAUUUUACUUCGUGCACCUCAGCAAACACAAACCCCUCAUGGAAAAAUAAAAAUAUCCGUGGUUACGGCAUUGCAGUGGCGGCACAAACCCCAAUAAAAGUGGGCGACAGGCUUCCAGAAGCAACGCUUUCGUAUUUUGAUAAAGAAGGGAAUUUGCAGACAGUUUCGACUUCGGGACUGGCCACCGGCAAAAAAAUUGUGUUAUUUGCCGUGCCGGGAGCUUUUACGCCUACCUGCUCGCAAAAGCAUGUCCCUGGAUUUGUCGAGAAGUCAGAUCAACUGCGUGCUAAAGGCGUCGAUUUGAUUGCUUGUGUUUCUGUCAAUGAUGCCUUCGUGCUUAAAGCUUGGUCGGAAUCCAUCGGGGUCGACGGAGAUAAGUUGCUCGUGCUUUCAGAUGGAAACCGGCAUUUCACGGAUGCUAUGGGAGUCGCCGUCGAUUUAAGCGAUAAGCCUGUUGGUCUCGGCGUGCGUUCACGCAGGUAUUCGCUGCUUGCAGAGGAUGGCGUUGUGAAAGUUCUUCAUUUGGAAGAAGGGGGUUCAUAUACCAUAAGCGGGGCAGAUGAUAUACUUAAAGCCCUUUGAAAUGAUUCUGUUAACUGUUGAGCUGUUUCUCUGAUGGUUAUGGUUUCAAGGAUUUGGGAUCUCCAAGGUUAGGGUUUCCAAACCCCAACGAUUACGGCUAGGGUUUUUAGGGUUUAUGAUCUCAAACCCCAAGGAUUAGCAAUAGUUUUUUAUGGGUUUAUCAUCUCAAAGCCCGAGGAUUAGCAUUAUUGUUUUAAUUAUGAGCUUCAAACCCUCCAGAAUUAGGGCUUUACUGGUUUAAAGAAAACCUUUGCGGUUUCAAGGGUUACCAGGGUUUUGCUCGAGGAAUUCCACUGGUAAGCUGCUUUGGAGUUUUAUAUUCUUCAGUUCUAUGCUUGGAUUUGCUCAUCUUUUUAAGUUUUACAGUUUCGAGGUUUUUAGAUUUAGCAGUGACUUAAUUGUAUUGUGCAUUUUACUUGCUCUGAAAUGAGGGUUUCUUUUCUUGAGACAAUGUUGUGUAAGUGUUUAACAGAGAAUUGGAAGAAAUAGCAUUUUAAAUUUUAAAAGACUAUGAUGGCAUAUGCGUUGUAAGUUGUUUUUGUUAGCCCUACCUUACUGAAAAAAACAAAACAUAUACAGUUGAAUUUAGAAACAGCUGUGUUGUGAAAAAUUGAUAUCACAAGUUAAACUGGAAUAUAUUAUCAUGCCUGAUUAUUUUUGAUUCA